AUUAAAAAUUGAAGAAGAGGCUCGAACAAAUCUUUUCAGAUUUAUCAGGAAUUCCGGAUUUAGAGCUGUUGUGUAAUUACCGACCUUCAUAGAAACUACUAAACCGUAGCUAGGGCAAAAUCCAGUAGCUGCAGGAGGACGUAGGAGGAGAAUCUGCAGCGGGAGAGAAGGAAAUCGAAGGUAAGAAGCCAUAGAGGAGGAAUUGGACUGGAUAAAAGAAGGUAAGGGAUGGGAGCUCCGAAGCAGAAGUGGACAUCGGAGGAGGAGGAUGCCCUCCGUGCCGGUGUGGACAAGCACGGCGCUGGCAAGUGGCGGACUAUUCAGAAGGAUCCCGAAUUCAGCCACUGCCUCGCUACUCGAUCCAAUAUCGAUCUCAAGGAUAAAUGGCGAAAUAUGAUUGUUAGUGCUAACGGACAAGGUAUUAGGGAGAAGUCAAGGACUCCAAAGACAAAGGCUCUAUUGGCUCCACAAUCUAGCACUCAGAGCUCACCAAUUCAGGCUCCUGCAAAAUUUGAGAAGCAACCCACAGCGGAAUCCAUUAAGCCUCCUCAAGAUGCAAAGAUUCCUUCACGGUACAAUGCGAUAAUAAUGGAAGCUCUUACAGUGUUACAAGAACCCAAUGGAUGUGAUAUUGGUGCAAUUUGCAAAUACAUUGAGCAAAGAAUGGAGAUACCAUCAGGUUUUAGAAGGUUAUUAGGUUCAAAAUUGAGGAGACUUGUUGCACAAAAUAAAAUAGAAAAGGGUUCAAGGGGAUACCAGCUCAAAGAUCCCUCUUUUGCAAUAAAGACUCCCACACCCAUGCAAAAGGAACCAGCUAACCGGUUGAAGCCGCUUCAAGCUUCUGGUUUUACUAAACCUAUAGAUCCAGUUGAGGAAGCUGCGACUACUGCUGCAUACAAAAUAGCUGACGCAGAAGCCAAAGCAUUUCUGGCUUCUGAAGCAGUCAAGGAGGCAGAAAAGAUUUCAAAAAUGGCAGAGGAGACGGAUUCAUUGCUUAUGUUGGCAAAGGAAAUAUUUGAAAGAUGUAUGCGCGGUGAAAUAGUGACCAUGGCUUAGCCUGGCGGUACCAUAAGAUAUGCCUGCUUGUUGAGAGGUUAUCUUUUGUUGUAAAUUUAGAAUCUUCCUUAUUUUUGAACUUUGAAUCUGGUCAUUUGCACAAAUUCAUGUUAUUUGCUCUUUAGCCUAUUAAAAAAAAAAAUUGAAAUAACUCAACUAAUGCGCAUUAUUAGUUGAAUGUUUAUAUGGCUUAAUUUAAAAAUUUUAUUU